AUGUCUCAAAGAAUCAUCACUGGACUAUUGACCAGAUCAAUCGGUGCCACACGAUGGACGCCUAAACAACAGUCGCAAUGGCUUUCAAUUCGGCAUUCAUCUAACAAGCCAGCUCCGGUCUCUCCUAGGGAGAUCACCAAUCAUAUUCCUACAAAUCGCACUACUAAUGGAGGAGAUCAAUUCAAAAUCCGCCCUCCUCCUUCAUUGGAGCUACCCGAGUUCGAUAGCCAUAUGAAAGAAGUACGAGAAAAUGUGCACUCGGCUUUGAAAAAAGAUGGGAUCGAGGUGGAUAAAUGGCCUUGGCUGGAAAGAUUUAUCGAUGCAAAUAUAGCUCAGAAAGGACGAAUGGCCAGGGAUUGUUUGAAGAAAAUGUACUUUGAUCUGGCAUACAAGGACCCGUCAUCGGAAGGCACUUCCAAUUUGGAUCCACUCUACGUACAAUUAUCGACAGAGUCUGAAAGAAUUGUCUUUCAGAUCACCCAAAUUUUAUCUUCAAUCUUGCCAAGGAUACCGGUAAAGGUUUAUCAGCUUCUACUUGCACGAUACUAUCAUGUUGGCCUCUCUUUCUACGUAGAGCGGCUUGCAGAUGUAAUUGUAGGAUCAAAAAUUAUCACUGCCAGAGAUCGUGCGGUUCUUCUUUGCGUCAAGCUGAAAUACAAUGUGUAUGAGGACUACUGGGAAGCAUUUGAAGAGUAUCGUCGUCUACGUGAUUGGUGCCUGAAGCAAGGUGAAAAGGAGAUUAUCAAUAUAUCGUGGUGGUCUCGCGUAGUUUACGCUCUGACCAAAGUUCAAAUACAAGACACUAUCACCUCACCUUCCUUACCGGUAGAUAUCACUUUGGAACUUUUGGCUGAUCAUGACAAAUUUGCGCGAGACGAAGAGGCUGAUUCCAAUAAGCUUCAAUGUCUGUUUUUGGAUCAUUACGGCAAAAAAGCUUCUCCAUUAACAAGUCCCGAAUGGAUUCUGCAUCAUCAGCAGAUCAUCGUCGGUAUUCAUGAAGCAUUAGUGGAACGUUAUGGUGAAGAUUUGAAUAGCAAUUCUUUUCUUUUCACCUCUUUGCUUGAAGCAUAUGGACGUGUAGGCUUACCUCAAUCGGCCAUGGAAGUAUGGAAUAGGAUGAUCACUUCAGACGUUGGGAUCAAUAGUGUUGCACUAUCAGUAGUUUUCGAUAAUUGUGGUCGUUUGAAUCGUUUAUCUGAUGCUCGUAGAAUAUUUGCUUGGCUCGAGCAUGGUGAACGAACAGAUGAGCUGAUGGAUAAGAAUGUCUGGGAUUCAUGGCUGGAAUGCUUGUGCAGAUGUGGUGCGUUGCGAGAAGCGAUACAUUAUGCUUUCCAUCUUAUGGAACCUGCUCUGCGAAGGCGAGCAGAAGUUGUGCAAGAACAAGGAUCGACAUCGUUUAGCAGAACAAGUGAAGGCCUCUCUGUCUUGAAACCAGAUGCCAAGACGUUCAAAUUGCUUUUAUCUUUCUCUGGCUCCACAAAAGGUCGACAUUCUUAUGGCGUACGUGAACCUGCAAUUCAUGCAGAAAUUCAACAACGGAUAAAGGAAGAGUUUCCCGAAGCUACACCAUCGAUUCAAGACUUCCUACUUGUUAUACAAGCUGAUUGA